AUGGCGUCCGCAGCUCUCAUCACGAUUCCCAUGCAACGUGGGUUUGUGCCUGUUGAUGGUGAUGAUGCGAGCUUCCCUGUAUGGGUCACUCUGACACGGUUCUUGAUGCAAAAGUCUGGCCUCGGAAAGACAAUGUCGGGAAAAGAACAACCUCUGGAAGCUCUGACGGGAGAUGAAGCCCCGGACGAACGGGCGGCGCAUGCCACUGCGAUGGAGCAAUUCGCAGAGAGAAAUGGCGAGCUGUACAUGCGGCUUCUGAUGUCGACGUCCGACGGCGCAGGAGGGUUCUCCCGCGCGGCAUCACAGGUGGUACAGAGGUACUGCCACAACUCCAAAGAGCACGAGUGGCACAACUGCCCGCUUCGCCUUUCGCAGGAGGCGGAAGAAGCCAAGGGACAGGCUUCUCAUGUCACGCAGGAGUCGACCACGCAGGCGUGGUUUACGCGGAUCGAGGGACCCAGCAGCCAGCUGGAGGACUUCGCGAUUGUUAUCGGAGAUGACACGCAGGUGCAGACGGAGCCUGAUGACUACAUGCGGGUGCAGAAGGCACCUGUUGUUGCGGCGCUGCCGGAAACGCGCGCCGCCAACAACCCGCAGGUGCAGGAUGUGCCUGCUGCGGUGCUGCGUGAUGAGCGCGCCGCUGGUGAUGUGCCGGUGCAGGCGGUGCUUGUGGCGACGACUCACCUUCAGGCGGAGGAGGCGUCUGAUGGAACAGAGUAUGUCGCGUAUACCGUGUUUCAAGUGGAACCGGUGUACCGCACCAAGGUCGACGCUGAUAUGUGGCAUCGUAGAAUGAGCCAUUGCCACCCACGUGCUCUGCAGCAGCUGGCGGAAAAAGCGACAACCGGAGUGAGGUACAACCGGAACAUCGAACCAGGUGACUGCGGGGUUUGCGCGGUUGGCGACAGCAAGAAAGGUAGCCACCCCCCGUCGAAUCGCACUCGAGCCACGACUCGGCUUGAGAUUCUGAGCGCCGAUGUGUGGGGGCCGCACCCUGUCAAGUCGUCCGGCGGUUGCCAGAGUGCCGGUAUGUUUACUGAUCACCUUUCUCGCAUGAGGUUUGGCUUUCUCCUGAAGACGAAAAAUGGGGUGGCGGAGUCGCUCCAAGAGCUUAUCCAGAACGAAGCGGAUAUUUUGGGGACCUGCAUCGGCAAGGUGCACUGCGAUGGCGGAGCAGAGUUCAAGGGCAGGUUCCAAGCAUUGUGUGAGUCAAUGGGGAUCAAGGUCGAUAGUAGCCCUCCCUACGUCCCGCAAGGGAACGCCAUCGCCGAGCGUGGAUUUGGCACCAUCAUCGGAACGGCGCGCAAGCUACUCCUGGGAGCACCGCACCUUCCAGGCUAUCUGUGGGGCGAAGCAUUCCAUACAGCUAUCUACCUCAAGAAUCGCACACCUACGGAGGUUCUGGGCGGAAAGGCCCCACUUGAGCAUGAGGAAGCGCGACUCCGGAACACCAAGCUGUCAGCUAGGGCCAAAAAGAUGUAUCAUGUGGGGUACAACACUAAAAAUAGGACAUACAGGCUGUGGGAACCGGCGGAGCCCCUCGAGAUCACAAACUCCGCUGAGGUGUCCUUUCGUGAGAAAGAGACUCGCGACGUGGUCACACCCAAGAAAUGGGUCUCCAACGCACCGGAGGGGAUGAAUCUGCAUACGACGGAGGAGGCGUACGAGCGGACUGAGCAUGCCCUGAUGACGGGUAGUGUGCUCGACAACAUCGGGACUGGUCGCCCCGGUGAGGCGAGCUACAGGCCUGCUGAUCCCGCAAGCUAUGACGCAGCGGUCAACGGCAAGGAGGGAGCCCUCUGGAAAGAAAACGUCAGCGACGAGGGAAUGACGGCGUGGCGGUUCGCGCGAAAACUCGUGUGGUGGUGCAAGGCUUUUUACGAAGCUGAUACGGGGGCCGACAAGGCGGCGCCGGUGGCGUCCAUGGAAUCCGUACACAUGGUGUUAGCAGUUGUUGCCCACAACCAUCUCGUCCUGAAGCAAGCGGAUAUCAAGACGACAUUUCUACAUGCCAGAAUCCCCGAGGAGGCGGAGCCUACAUACGCCAUACCGUCGAAACGAUUCCCGUGUUCGCCGGGUCAAGCUAAACUAGUCUGGCUUCUCAAGGCGUGGCUCUAUGGCCUGCGCCUCUCUCCGAAGGGAUGGAACGGUACUUUUCAUGUCUUUCUGCUGGAGCUUGGCUUUGUGCAGAGCACCGCAGACCCGUGCCUUUACUCACUGCAAGACGGAGAAGUACUUCUGCUUGUAUACGUGGACGACAUCCUGUUCACCGGCACCAAUGAAGAUCUGGUGACGACGGUAAUUUCGCGGCUGAAGGAAAGGGCGUCCACCAAGGCCGUGCUGGCUACGUUCAACAUGGCUGACGCACACCCGACGAAGACGCCGGCUGAGGUUGGGCCGAUCACCACGGCGGAGGAUGAAGUGCUGUCGCCAGAGGACACCAAGAACUUCCGGUCGGCUACGGGUUCGGUUCUUUACCUUUGCAGGGGAACGAGGCCGGACAUUGCACACUCAGUGUUGGUGCUUACCAGGAGCAUGGCGAAACCGGGACCGGAGGCGAUGGCCAAGCUGAAGCGGCUGCUUCGGUACCUUAAGGGGACCACCUCCAUCGGAAUCACGUACAGCGAGGAUGCCGAGGAUGGAGACAAAAUAACGGCGUACGCUGACUCGGACUUCGGAGGUGACCUAGACGACCGGAAGUCGACUACAGGGAUCGUUCUAUUCCUAGCCGGUGGACCAGUGGGCUGGAGGGCGGCUAAACAACCGCUGGUGGCCGCCUCAUCGGUAGAGGCGGAGUACGUGGCGUUGUCCAAGGCUUGCCUUCCGGCACCUUCUGAAGACAAUAAACCGUGCCCAGAAGGAGGCAACGGUGCUUGA